AACUAUAUAAUACACGAUGGGCAAAAGGAAAACAAAGGCGAGGGAAGCGAAGAUUCUUAGAAAGAUAAGGAAACUGGAAGAAAAAUUGUCGAACACACCGGCGAGGAAACGUAUAAUGCGUCUACCUUCUAGUAGUUCGAGUGACGAGAAUAAUAAUGUCAGCCAGACGAAGAAUGACAUAUUAUACCAGGCUUUACCAGAUUUGUUCGACACUCUUGAUGAUGUCACCGAGCGACGUCCAGACAUCGUGUUAUCAUUGGAGGACAUAACACGGCCUGAGGCGGCUGUUGAGAUACCAGCAGUUUCGCAGAUCGGCGGUGCCGAUUCAGCAGUCUCUGAAAUCGAGGGGAAUAAUGACCUCGAGUUGGAUGGGUCAGUACUUUCAUUGUUAGGUGAUGUUCCCGAACUUGUUACUGAACUCGGACCUCCUAUCCAUAAGGAUAUUACCACAAGAUGGCAAGACAUUUUGAAAAGAGGGCUUAAAAAGGAUAUCAAAAGAGACUUGGUAAAGUUAUAUCCUAUACCUAAUAAUUUAGAAACACUGGUACCACCAAUUCUCAAUCCUGAAGUAAAAGUAGCACUAGCAGAAAGUUUAGUAAAACAAGACUUUUCUAUUUUUCAUAAACAAAAACAGAUCGGGUUUGCAUUGUCAGCACUUAGUAAAUCUGUCGACUCUAUAAUAAGUGACCCAGCCAAAAAGUUACAUAUCGACACAAAAUCGAUAUUAUUAAGACAUUUAAGUGAUGCUUGUCGCAUUUUAUGUGAUGUAUACCAGCUCGAAACGAAAAGACGAAGAAUGCUUAUUUUAAGUUCGAUAAACCAGAAGAUGAAAGACAUCGUUAUGGAUACAUUACCUGAAAAAUAUCUCUUUGGUGACAACAUGUCGGAGAAGUUAAAGACAGCUCAAGGUAUUAAUUUUAAACAAAUUUUAAAAGUCGUACCGAAGACAAGUUUUUUGAGUAAAAAUGCUACGUCAACUACAUCAGUCCCAAAGUCUUUAAACCAACGGACCCCAUAUCGGAAAAUAGCAGCACGUUCUUAUAUGGGGAAACAACGACUGCAGGACCGUGCAGCGCCAGCACCAACUCCAGCGCCAGCUCAGGGCCGCCAGCGGCACUACCGCCGCAGCCCUCCACCUCCUCCGCGGCGUCAGAGACAGCAGCGGUUUUGAGCAUUGACCACGAGGUACGUUAUGCGGGGCGACUGUCAUAUUUCUUUCAACAAUGGGGGAAUAUAACUAGUGACCCGCUUAUAUUAGACUGGUUAAAGGGCUAUAAGAUUCCUUUUGUUUCACAACCCAUUCGCAAUGAUUGGGCUUGUACUAUUGUAAGAUCUAAAAAGGAAUUAUUUGCAUUUAAUAAAUGUAUACAGAAAUUAUUAGAUAUCGACGCCAUUUCAGAAUCGAAUCACGAGGACAAGGAAUUUAUUUCUACGGUUUUUCUGGUGCCUAAACCAAACGGAGAGAAUAGAUUUAUUUUAAAUUUAAAAUGUUUAAAUAAGUUUAUAAAGAUUGAACAUUUUAAAUUAGAGGAUUACCGUACUGCCACCAAAUUAAUGUUUCCCAAUUGUUUUAUGGCUUCUAUGGAUCUGAAGGAUGCAUACUAUUUACUACCAAUUCAUAGAUUGCACAGAAAAUAUUUAAAGUUUAAAUUUAAUGAGACUCUUUAUGCAUAUAAUUGCCUACCGUUUGGCUUAACGACAGCACCGUACGUUUUUACAAAACUAUUAAAACCAGUAAUGGAGUACUGCAGGUCAAAUAAUAUAUUAACAGUUAUAUAUUUAGAUGAUAUAAUAAUAUUUGGCAGUUCAUAUGUGGAGUGCAAUAAAAACAUUAUAUUUAUCAAGAACCUUCUCGAAGGUCUGGGAUUUCUAAUAAAUUAUGAUAAGAGUUGUUUAACACCUUCAAAGGAGUGCAAAUAUUUAGGUUAUAUAUUUAAUUCAGAAGACAUGAUAUUGGAGCUACCCUUUGAAAAGAGAACUAAAAUUCAACAAUUAAUUUUAAAGUUCUUAAAUACAAAGACUUGUAGUUUACGGGAUUAUUCUAGUUUUCUUGGUAAUUUAAUAUCAGCUUGCCCUGCUAUAGAUUACUCUUGGUUAUAUACUAAGCGUUUUGAAAGAUUUAAAUUUUUAUGUUUAUUAUCUAAUUCGUCGUACGAUCAAAUUAUACAAAUUCCAGCAAGAUUGAAUGAAGAUAUACCACCAUAACGGUGGUUGAGAUAUAUUAAAGCCGAUUAUGCUAAGCUACGCAGUCAUAAUUUUACCUUUGAGAUUUUCUCAGACACUUCUCUUACGGGUUGGGGAGCAUAUUGUAACGGAAACGGAUCGCAUGGUUUUUGGACCAACGCAGAAAGGACGAAACACAUAAAUUCAUUAGAGCUUAAAGCAGCUUUUUUUGCUUUAAAAGUUUAUGCUAAACAUAUUACUUAUACAGAGAUUCUUUUGAGAAUCGAUAACACUACUGCUAUAGCAUGUAUUAAUAAAAUGGGUAGUAUACAAUAUCCACACCUUGAAGAAAUUACACGACAAAUUUGGCAAUGGUGUGAAAAUAGGGAAAUUUUUAUAUUUGCAUCUUAUAUCAGAUCCAAGGAUAAUGUGGAAGCUGAUACCAUGUCUAGAAUUAAAUUUCAGGAGACAGAAUGGGAACUUGCAGACUAUGCCUUUCAAGCAAUCAUUCUGUUGCUAGGACAACCUACAGUAGACUUGUUCGCAUCUAGAAAUAAUAAGAAAUGUUCUACUUAUGUAUCUUGGAAACAAGAUCCUGAUGCUUGGACAAUUGAUGCUUUCACAUUAUCUUGGACUCAUCUUAAUUUUUAUGCUUUUCCUCCAUUUGCAUUAAUACUAAAGAUGAUUCGUAAAAUUAUAGAUGAUAGGGCGGAGGGCAUUGUUGUAAUACCAAAUUGGCCUACCCAACCGUGGUAUCCAUUAUACCAAAAGAUUAAAAUUUCUAAGGAGGUAUUUUUUCAUCCAGAUAAACGAUUGCUCGUAUCUCCUUUCAGACUUCAUCACAAUCUGCACAGCUCGCUAGAAUUGAUUGCCGUGCGAUUGUCAGGAAAACGCUAAUAGAACGACAUCUUUCCUCAAGAUCUGUGGAUAUCAUCUUAUCGUCUUUAGCUGACAGUACCUAUAAGCAAUAUGAUGGAUGUAUUAGGUCUUGGAUAACAUAUUGCGAGAAUAAAGAACUAAACUAUUGCUCUGCAUCGAUUCCAGAAAUUAUACAUUAUUUAAGUCAGCUUUUUGACCAGGGAGCAAAGUAUGGGACUAUUAACUCUCAUAAAUCAGCAAUAAGUUUAUUAAUGGGAAAUUCUAUUGAUGAUACCAGAGUUAAGAGAUUUAUGAAGGGAGUGUAUAGGUUACGGCCUCCCGCGCCUAAAUAUGAUAUAACUUGGGAACCUAAUUUAGUUUUGAAUUAUUUAAGCAAGUUAUGGCCCAACCAUACGUUGAGCUUAGAGGACCUUUCAAAGAAAGCUGUUACACUUAUUGCCUUGGUGACGGCUCAUCGUGUCCAGACGAUAUCUCUCAUAAAGACUAGAAACGUGUUUGUAAAUCAGGGUAGUGAAGUGAUUAUCAAAAUACCCGAUUAUAGAGACUUCUAGGUUAGAUGCACAUCAACCUUUGUUAAAACUCCCCUUCUUCACUCCCCGGCCUGAAAUCUGCCCAGCAUUAUGCGUCUUAGCUUAUUUAAAUAGAACUGAGAAUUUGCCGGUAAAUAAUCAAGACAGAUUAUUUUUAAGUUACAAGAAACCUUAUAAAGAGAUAUCGACGCAGACAUUAAGACGCUGGAUAAAGACUAUUUUGGCUAACAGUGGCUUGGAUACUACAAUAUUUAGUGCCCAUAGCACUCGCCAUGCAUCAACUUCGUCGGCUUAUAGGCUGGAAGUCAAUCUUGACAUUAUAAGGAGAACGGCUGGUUGGAGUGAAGCAUCUGGAGUUUUUGCUAAAUUUUAUAAUAAGGAAGUUAUUGUUAACGAUAAAAGCUCAUUUGCUCAAUCCAUUCUCAGCAACCAUUGUAACUAAGAUAAUUAGAUUAAUAAGAGUUUAUUACAUUCUAUUAAAGAAAAUAUACUUCUUAAAUGUUAAA